AUGGCUCAUUUUGUGGCUUGUUUAUUCCAUUAUGUGGCUAUGAUUGAUAUUUAGAAUGGAAGAAAUGAUACGUGGCUACAUAAAGAAGAACUUCUUAAUACUGAGUAUAAUAUCAGAUAUUUAAAUAGCUACUAUUUUGCAUGUAUUACUAUGGUUACUGUUGGUUAUGGGGAUAUUACUCCAUAAACUCCUAGAGAAAAAUUAUUUAUUAUUAUGAUUACUAUUAUUAGCUGUGGUUUAUUUGGUUAUUCUAUGAAUACUAUAGGAACUAUUUUUUAAGAAAUAGCAAAAAGAGAGAGUGAAUUUAAAUAAAAUAAAUACGAUAUUAACAUCUAUUUAAGGACUAGAAAUAUAACAAAAAGAAUGUAAUUAUAAAUAUUAAAAAGCAUGUAACACUAAAAUCUUUAAAAAAGUAAUAAAAAUAAAAGAGGAGAAGAAAUAAUUCGAGAAUUAUCUUAAAAUAUUUAAACUGAAUUUAAAAAAGAAUUCUUUGGAAAAAUCUUAUCUAGUUAUAAUUUAUUUAAUUUAAACUUUUCCAUAGAAGCACGAGAAAAAUUUUGUAUUUAAAUGAAAGAAUUAAUAUUAUAAGCUGGAGAUUAUGUAUAUUUAUAAAAUAGCAAUAAUUAAAAUAUUUAUUUUCUAUAUGAUGGUAAAGUUGAUGUAUAUUAAUAAAUAGGAAAUGAAUAAAAAAAAAUCGGAUAAGCAAAUUAAGGAGAUGUUUUAGGAAAUUAUAGUUUUUUUUCUUCUUUACCAGAAAAAUAUGGAGCUUAAUGUUCUUCUCCAGCCCAAUUUGCAUAUUUUAAUAGAUAAGAUUUAUUAGACAUAUUAAAAUCCUUUCCUAAAGAUUAUGUAUUUAAAUAAUUUAAUUUUCAAAAUAUAUUAUUUAUUCAUAUUUCUUUUUUUUAUAAUUUCGUUUUUAAAAUUCCAAUUAAAAUGAAAAAAUGA